AUGUCCUCCCCGCCUAUCGAUCCGCAGCUCCGCGACCCAGCUCCGGUAGCUUCAUCCUCCUCGAAGCCCCCCGCAAAGCGCCCAGAGCGUGUCGGGGUCAAGCGGGGCAAGUACCGGCCGCGCGAAAAGCCAAACUGGAACGCCGACAUCGUCCGCGAGCAGCGCGCCGAGAAGAAGGCCGCAAAGAAGCUCCAGAAGAAGGCGGCUAAGGCCAAGCCUCCCAAACCCAUACACCAUCCUCCUCUGACCUGUCUACCUGCCGAGGUGCUAGACCUCAUCGUCCUCAACAUCUGCCCCGUGGCUCACCCCCUUGCGGAUUAUCUACCGCAUCCCGCCGAAACUCCCUACCCGCCCCUUUCGGUGAACGUCACGUCCAGCCUCAAGGCGCGUCCGGAACGGUGGGGCUCGGUACCUCAGGAUGUUCUUGAUGUGAUUCAUUUCGCCAGGUGCUGCCGGCAAACCAUGCUCGCGUGCGAGAGGGUCAUCGGGGGUCUGGGGGGAAGCACAUCCAAGGCGGACGUCAAGGAACCGGAAAGUCAUACCGCGAGCCGAAGACAACUCUUCAUCCGCCUCGGACACGGCACGUCUUCCAGCUCUGCUCUUGUAGCUCAAAUCGUCAACUCUCGCACGACUUUGGAGCACCUUGUCAUUCAUCAUUGCGGCAAGGAACAUGGCGACUUCGAGCAUAGCGCACAGCGGAACACUGAUGAUGCUUCGCCCAUCAACCGCACGCCACCUCUUCAGCAUGGACAGGCGGCCGAUUACAUUGCAUUACCCCGUCUCCGGUCGUUGCAGAUCGGCCCCGGGGUAUGCGGCGAGUGCACCCAAGCAAGUCUUCACAUCCUGGCGGGGCGCACCUUUUACAAAUCCGGGGAGAGCUGGGUGAAUACUCGACUGUACGGAGGAUACAGCAACUGGUCCUCAACGGUCUUUGACCACGUCGCGGCUCCCGCGCUCGAGGCAAUACAAAUACACGUUGCCAACUCGACGUCUCGCCGCCGGCAACACUACCACCCAUCCUAUGCGGCGGUCUUUGAUCGGAUGGUCGCGGCCGAGUUGCGAGCCUGCAUCAAGACGUUUUCGCUUAUCCUGCCACCCACGGAACGGAGGUGGGGCGGAUUCGGAGUCAGCGGGUACAGCUCGACGGUGCAUCAAAAGACGAGGGAAGAUGUGGAGAAGGAUCUGGUUGAGCGGGCGAGGAUUUUCCUCUCGGCGCCGGGCGGCCGGCCAAAAGGAAAGCAGGCGAAUGUAGACAAGAUCAAGGAGAAGUGGGCGUCGCUGGCAAAGACGGCGCUUGUCAAGCCAGCGCCAGCACCCAGUAGUCUUGGGCAGGCUGCUGCACGGGCAGUCGCUGCUGCGCUGGUGUCGUCCAUUCAGCCUUUGAAGGGCGGAGGGAAGGGGAAGGGGAAGGCGGAACAGGUGAAAGAGAAGGAGGCGCCUGCGGCAGGGGAGGAGGAACGUCCUGGUGAUGUGGCGGAGGCGUCCAAGGCGGAGUCAGCUUCGGCGACGGGGGAGGAGGCGUCUUCUUCAACGGGCCCAACCACCGACGGCGUUCCGGCGGACUCGGAAGCCGAGCAGCAAACCGGAACGCCUGCGCCCCGCGCGCAUCGUUCUUUGCGCGACAGCGACGACACUCUGACCGAGUACGAUCGUCAGGCCAUCGCCAAUCGCGUCCGUCUGCAUCAGCAGUUCCCCGCCCUUCUCGGCAAGAUUGUCGAGACAUUCCCCAAUCUCGUCUCUCUCCAGGUGCUGCGUCAAGGUACCGCUCGGAUCGACGUGGUCGAGGGGCUAUUGUCGGUCGACGAGUACGCCGCCGCCUAUGCUACUCCCCUGCGGACACUGCACAAGCUGGAGCACCUCGAUCUCGGUCUGGCGAUCGUCGGCCGACGCGAGGUUCGCGACUUUCCCCUGGGGGUGUCGAUACCGGAGAUCACGCCGGGGAUCAAUCAUCUGGUAGCGAGGGAGCUUGGGACGCGGCGAAAGAUUCUCGAAGCGGAUGUUGAUCGAGCGUGUAGGGAGGGGGAUGCUUGGCGGCGGAAGGUGUUGGAGCGGUUUGUGGGAGAGGAGACGGAAGAGGAGGCGGAGUCUGGGAGCAAUGCGCCUGUCAAUUUGGCAGCGGCAGAAGAUGCGCCCGUCAAGUUGUCAAAGGGGUGGCCACUGGGGGUGAAGAGCGGGUUCGUCUAUUCUGCGGAUUUGCGGCGGAGGGGGAUGCACCGGGGAGUAUUGACUGUCUGGAACAGGGAGAAGCCGGCCGAGGGAGAGGGUGUUGCUUUGGCGGAGAAGUCUAACAUUGUGCUGUAG